CGGCUAAAAUGGCGUGAGGGACGUGAGUUGGUGUCUCUUCUCUGUCAGUGCCUUCAGCUUCUGUCGUGCUCAAACAGCAGCUUUCAGACUGACAAACGGAUCCUUCCAUGCUCAUUGUUCUCAGAGGAAGAAGCAGCAUGGACAAAGUGAGGAGGAUCCUGGUUUACAUCUGUAAAGACCGAGCAGCUCCACAGCGAGCUCAGUUUGUUCAGAGUAUAACAGGUCACUUCACAGACGGUGGUGAUGACGAGGUGGAGGUGAACUGCACUCUGGAGAAAAACCGGUUUAUUCUUUUCAGAGGAGACAAAGGACAAAUGAUCCGUCUGAAGAGGCCUGCCUUCUGUCCCAUCAAGCACCUGUCAGUCACAGAAGCAGCUGCAAUCCCACUGGACAUUCAGCAGCGUGGAGUGGAUGUGGGCGUGGCCAUACUCCUGCAGACAGCCAAUCAGAGAGUGCUGCUGACACGACGGGCGCAGGAGCUUCGUAUAUUUCCCAACGUCUGGGUCCCUCCAGGUGGCCAUUUGGAGCCAGAUGAGACGCUGCUGGAUGCCGGCCUCAGGGAGUUAAAGGAGGAAACUGGACUGAAGCUGGAACCAGAGAAAGUUCGUCCAAAAAUACUGGGACUGUGGGAGUCAGUGUAUCCUCCCAUGCUGUCCAGAGGACUUCCUCAGAGACAUCACAUAGUCAUCUACAUGCUGCUGCAUUCCUCCCUCUCUCACCUGCAGCUACAGUCCUCUCUGAGCCCGUCUCCAGCUGAGGUCAGUGCCUGUCUGUGGGCCGACAGUCGGCUGGUCAGAGCCAUCGUGUCGGCCGUGGAUGGAGAGGACGGUGAGGUUCGACUGGGCGACCUGCCGAACAGCAUCAGUGUGUCGCAGGUGUCUGCACAUGGAGCUCUUUGUGACUUGACUCUGCCACUGGCAGUGUUUGUUAGUCGGGCGCCAGCCAGUGAACCAGAUGUGGAGCGGGUCAGCACCGGUACUAAGUUUGCCCUGGAGCUAUGGUUGAGGAGCUUGGAGACACCUGACCCCUGACCCCAACAAGCUAACCCUGCAGGCAACAGGAAGGACUGUUCAGAAUCAGAGAAAUGACUGUCUGUAAAUGUGACUUUAAUGAAGUCUGAACUUGUCUUGUUUUUCAAUUAAACACAUGAAGAAAUGACAGAAAUGAGUUUUCAGCUAACACCACUUAGCCUUUGUCCCACCAGGAGUUUCACAGUGGCAAAACACACUCCUGGACAAGGCCAAAUGUCCACAUACUUUUGGCCAUAUAGUGUUUCAGUGUCAUUUUAAUAAAAAGGUUUAAUGACUUUGUAAUUAAACAAAAUACAUUUAUAUCUUUCCUGUGUGACACUGUGACGUCGAUAAUAACCUGCACAUUUCACGCUGUUUCUUCUUCAAGUCAUUAAACAACACGAGCCUGAAGAAUCUUUGCUCUGAAGAAUCAGAGCAAAGAGCAGCUUCUGUCGUUAAGUAUAAAGUCCUAACAGCAUAAGUUAGACCAGUGGUCCCCAACCCCCGGGCCGGGGACUGGCACUGGUCCGUGGGCCGCAAAGAGAGAAUGCAUAAUUUACGUUAUUUGUAUUUUAUUAUCUGAUUAUGAAAGAUGUUUAAUUUUGAAAAAUUACUGUAUUUUCUCCGCCACAUCUGUCAAUGACUCACUCUUGAUGCAUGUCAAGAUGCUUGCCUCGGUCACGUCUUAUGUACGUCUAGUGAUGGUUCUCUGACACCCGAGGUUCUGA